CCCGAGUCCUAGAUCUUCACCAUGUCGGAGACUGCUCCUGUUGCUCCCGCUGUCGCACCUCCUGCGGAGAAGACCCCAGUUAAGAAGAAGGCUGCCAAAAAGCCGGCUGGGGCGCGCCGCAAGGCCUCCGGGCCCCCGGUGUCCGAGCUCAUCACCAAGGCUGUCGCCGCCUCCAAGGAGCGAAGCGGCGUGUCUCUAGCUGCGCUCAAAAAGGCACUGGCGGCUGCCGGCUAUGAUGUGGAGAAGAACAACAGCCGCAUCAAGCUGGGUCUUAAGAGCCUGGUGAGCAAGGGUACCCUGGUGCAGACCAAGGGCACCGGGGCUUCCGGCUCUUUCAAGCUCAACAAGAAGGCGGCCACCGGGGAGGCCAAGCCCAAGGCAAAGAAGGCGGGUGCGGCCAAACCUAAGAAGGCUGCUGGGGCGGCUAAGAAGCCCAAGAAAGCUACGGGCGCGGCCACCCCAAAGAAAACUGCUAAGAAGACCCCGAAGAAAGCGAAGAAGCCGGCCGCAGCUGCUGUGACCAAGAAAGUGGCCAAGAGCCCCAAGAAAGCUAAGGCUGCCAAGCCUAAGAAGGCCGCUAAAAGCGCAGCGAAAGCGGUUAAGCCAAAGGCCGCCAAGCCCAAGGUUGCCAAGCCCAAGAAGGCUGCACCCAAGAAGAAUAACAACGUUGUAAGUGGAUUCUUUCAUUUUCAUGGCAUUUCCCCUGGGUAGAGAAUUUCUCAAGACCGUUUACCAGGGAAGGGGCUUCUGCAGACCUGCAGCUCCAGUUUUUCAACCACAAGGACGAAUCUGUGAGUUAAUGUUAAUUCCUACAUUAGUGGUAGGGGCCACGGAGUUCAUUCCUAGUCUUAGUCACUGUAUGGAGGAACCGAAAGGUCUAGUGGAUAAAAUGCGUAGAAUGGUAACCAAAGUGCAAAGAAAAGCAGAGAUGAGAGAUGUAUAGAAAAGGUUGCAAUGUCUGUAUUAAAGACACCUCCUGAGUUCCUGGUUCUUUGAGCUGCCUGAACUCCUGCCACAGGGGACCUUUCCACUGAGCUCAGGUUGGGUCAAGUUGCAAUAGCAGAAGACCUAAUAAAGACACUCCAAAUCAAAUCACAGUUAUGGCUUGUAGUAAUAGCACCAUGUUCUUUUAUGUUCCUAUUUUCUGUCAAAUAAUUUCAUUUUCACAUCCACUCUAAGAGACAGGGGGUGAACCAACCUAAGCGAAAGUUGAUUCUCUUUUCUCUAAACCUCUUGUGAAUGCCCUUUUGUGGUGUAAAUUUAUUGGGUUUAUAUAGUUGAUCCUAACACCGAAGGUUUCCUGCAACUGUAUUUGCA